AUGGCAAAUCAUAGCGGAGAAAAUGAUCAAGAUCAUCAACACCAGGUAGAUUACACCGGUAGUGCCUCGUCUCGACCAGCAACGUUUCCCGGGGCAGGUCCGGUGCAGUCGCGUGCUCCGCAACAUCUUCCCAGCGGCAGUUGCGGUUUUGGUACAAACUUCUACUUUGUGCCAGACCCCGCCACUGUUCCUCCGGGUCGUUCUUUUCCACUGGGAGGACCCAUGCCCGUGGGAGGAGGACCCACGCAGCUCUUCAGCACUGAGACCCUCGCGCAUCAUGGAAGAGCAGCAGCCUACGUACCAGGUCCACCAGGUAGUACGGCGGGUGCAAGCGGUCUAUUUGUGAUGUCCAACUUCUUACAUCACUCAGCGCCGGUGCGGAGCGGACAAAAUUUGAUGUACGACCCUGCUAGUGCUGGUUUUUCUCCGCAGCUGGCACCUGGGGUCGCACUGCACCCGCAAUUCUACCAGCAUCCACCUCCGCCAUCCAGCAUCUCUCCGCAUGCUGUGCACAACUUGGAUGCGGCGUUGGGCCGUCACUCUGGUUCUACGGGAACCGACAGCAAGAACCGCCAUGGUGCUCGUCUGCCGUUUGUGCAGGGAUUCGGGACGACAGCUGUGGAGUCCUUCUCGCCGACAAAUUUCGGCAUCGGAGAUGCGGGGAGUGGCAUCGUGUCGGAGGGAGUCACUCAGUUGGCACACAAAGUCCGCCAGCAGCUCCAGCGGAACGAGUAUCCAUUGCAAAAUAUGUCGCUGGUCUGGGAGGUCUAGGAACCGAUAAUGCGACAUAACGGUUGAUGAAUGAUGACAGGUGGAAAAUCAGCUGCGAGUGCUGCAGCCAAGCAUGGGACAAGUUUCUAUAGCGCUUUGUGAAGCCUAGCACGCGAUGAAACUGGAAUUACAAGCUGCGUUUUUGUUGCUCAUCGACACGACAGAUUUUGCAGGACUGCAAGCCAAGCAUGGCAAGUUUUACUACUAUAAUUCAGCACCAGGCUCGGACAUAUUUGCAGUGGAUAAGGUGGACUGUCUUGCAAGAGCACGAGACCGGGAGCCGAGGUCGUCACUUCCGCACACUGCCACACAGGAUUUGCAGGAAAAAAUGAGCCCUCGCGUCCUUGAUAUCCUGACCAAAAACGUACUUAGUUUACUACCCAUCCCACAGACGUGCCCUGCGAAUCGGGCAAAUAUAAUGCGGUGGACAUUUUAUGAUGUGGCGGUUCCCAUGCGCGAUGUUUCCUGUCGUGGAGUUUGGGAAGAAGUUCUUCGAUUUUUUCAUCAGGAUAAGCGAAUCAAUAGGUCUCUACUCAUGCGGUCGCGCUGACAAAGUAGGUGCGUGCCAGACUCCCAAUUUUGCUUGGUUUGUGUAGCAGAAGCAGAUUCAUCUCGUCCAUCUUGAGUAUGGGGUGGGUACGUUUUUGCGCGGGGUAUUUGAAGAUAGCGGCUCUUCAUCUUUCCGCACUGAUGCGUGGCAACUUCAGUGCCAUUCCUCCGCGAAUCUGAGCCCCGAGAUUCGGCGCCGGCGGAGGCGAGCAAUGUCAGCUGGAGAAGCUGCCACCAUCACCAACCUUGGAGAAGGCGCCUCGCGGACGCUAGACGGAAAAGGCAUCGUUGGGGCGAACGGUGGUGCCUUCGAUGAUUCGAUCUCUCGCCGGACAGAUGGCCGCGGUCAGAACCCUUUUGGUCGCGCCAGCUACGAAGAGUCGGGCCGCUUGCCUAUGACUUUUGCUGCGCCGCCGGCCGCCAGCGGGGGAGACGCGUGGAGUGUACCUGUGCGCGAGGCGAUGCAUGUGCCUUUACUAGGAAUCGCCGCAUCGAAGCCCGACCCUAUCCGAAGAAAAGUUCUUUUCUUCACCCAAACGCAUUUGGACGAAUAUACUGGUACUACAAACAGUAGAUCGAUGCAUGCAGUAGAGGUGGCGGCGGUGAGUAGUGUUCUCUAUGAUUUCUUGGAUCGCCACACCAAGUACUGGUGUCGCUUGUGGAAGAUGGUAAUGAUGCAAUUUCGUGGCUCGCUCUUGGGUCCUGCUAGCGGCGCAGUGCGCUCCUCAAUCACUGAGUGCAUUGUAUGUUGUGCUAGAAAGUAGCAGUUUCGGAAGGCUGUGUUGCCUUUGUCCUUUGCCUGCUGUGACGUACGUGCUCAGUACUUUAUACACCGCCGUCACAAAUUUGAUUGGGCGAAGCAGCAGUUUGCAAUGAUAAGUCCCUGGGCACCGGGAAUGCGCGAUCCGUGGCGCGAGAACUUACAAGAGUCAAAAGCUUGAGAUUGUGUGCAUCACAAGUGAAUAUAGAUGGGUCUGCUGAUGGGUACAGUGAGGAAGCUCUAACAUCACGCAGGCAACAGACAGUAUGUCAAUUUACCGCGGCAACAUCACUCUGGCUGGCUUGCUCCACACAGAAAAUUCGCAGGGUUUUGUUGCAGUGUCUACUGCUGCAGCACCAGCUACAGUAGAUAAUGGAAAAAUACUUACGCAGAAGAUGUCGCAAGAAGUGAUGCAAAGUCAGCUGUCGCAAUUAUUUCUUUGCGACUAGAUUAUACGUCGAGCUAGGCGACGGGCGCUGCUAUUGGCAUCCUCGUUCUUCGGUACGCUUAAUUGGAAGUGUAGUCCUGUUUUGCUUUCACAG